CCACACCCGCACCCAAUCCCUCCUAUAUCUUCAACCCUUGAAUUCAGUUAAUUCAAUUUUCCAAACAAGCAGCCAACAAUGGCGGACAGAGCACUAGACCUAACAAUCAUCUCCGCAAAAGGCCUCAACAAAGUCAAUCUCGUCGGAAAAAUGGACGUAUACGCCGUCGUUUACAUCAACGGCACCAAGAAUCAAGACCAGAAGCAAAAAACUCCGGUCGAUAACAACGGAGACGCAAACCCUAACUGGAACCAUCAGAUGAAGUUUAUGAUCAACGAAUCUGAAGCGCUACAGAACCGAUCUACUCUCGUUGUGAAGAUCAAAACCGAAGGCAUGUUCGGCGAUAAGGAUCUCGGUGAAGUACACGUGCCGGUUAAGGAGCUUCUAGAAGGUGCGUCCACCGGAGGUAAGCCGUUACAGUUUGUUAGUUAUCAGGUUAGGAAACCGUCCGGUAAACCGAAAGGUGAACUCAGUUUUUCCUAUAAAUUUGGUGAAAAAACUAACGGUGUUGGUGCUGUUGAUGAGCCGGUGACGGCGUAUCCUGCCGGAAAAGUUGAUAACAAGGCGGAUGACGUCACUAAACCUAAUGUCGCCGGAAAAGUUGAUAAAACCGAUGACGUUGUUACGGCGUAUCCAGCGGUUAAUUCUGGAUCCGGAUCUGGAUCUAGUUCGCUAUAUCCGCCGCCGUACGCGCCGGCCAGUGCUUAUCCACCGCCUGCCGCGGCCGUAGCUACCGGAUCUUAUCCACCGCCGGCUGCAGCGGUGGCUCCCGGACCUUAUCCGCCUGCCGGAGGUGCGUAUUAUCCGCCUCCUGCUGGAUAUCCACAAGCGCCAGCUGGAUAUCCACAAGCGCCGGCUGGAUAUCCGUACCAGCAGCAACCGGCGUACGGUGGUUAUCCUCCGCCGCCACCGGCGGGGUACGGUGGAUAUCCUCCGCAGCCAGGGUAUGGUUAUCCACCGCCGGUGGUUCAACCACCACAACAGACUCAAAAGAAGGGAAAGUUUGGUUUGGGAUUGGGAGCUGGAUUGUUGGGCGGAGCGUUGGGAGGCUUGUUGAUCGGAGAUAUUGUGUCGGAUGCCGCUAGCGGUUGCGGAGGCGGUUGUGGUGGUGGUGGUUGCGGUGGGUUUUGAAGUUUGAAACAAUGGAACCUAAGGUAUGUAUGUAGUUAGUAACUACUAGUUACUAUAUGCAUGAUUGAAAAAGUGAUAAUUGUGCUAGUGUGUUAGGGGUGUUUGAUAUUCGGUUUCAAACUCGUUAAACUAAAAACUAAACCGAACCGAAAAGUGCUUACAUUGUGUGUUGGAUUGUAAUAAUCGUCAUACAUUUUUUAUUUCUUUUUGAAUAAAUGUUAAUCAGAGAUAUCUUUCCGUCCUCA